AUGCUCCGGCAAACCGGAGCCCUCACCUCACCUGCAGCGGUCCUAACGGCCGCCAGGGGGCUGGCGCGCAGCACGCCGGUCACAGCGCGGCGGAGCGCGGCCGGCGCCUGCCCUCAGCGGAACUACAGCUCCCGUGGGCCCCCGCGCGCCGCCACGGGCCGGGAGCCGCGUUACCGGCGCCUCGCGUGGGCCGGGGCGCGGUGCCGAGCCGGCGGCGGGUGUCCGAGGCCGGUCAUGGCGCCAGUGCCGCCGCCCUCCGCUCCGGGUGGCCCGGAGCCUCCCCCGCCGCCGCUGCAGUACAGCCUGCUGCUGCAGCACCUGGUGGGCGAGCAGCGGCGGCCCCGCGCCUGGGACCCCGCCGCCCUCGGCGGCAUCCCCAGCCCGCCCAAGAGCGAGGAGCAGAAGAUGGUGGAGCGGGCCAUGGAGAGCUGCGCCUUCAAGGCGGCGCUGGCCUGCGUGGGAGGAUUUGUUCUGGGAGGUGCAUUUGGUAUCUUCACAGCUGGCAUUGACACCAACGUUGGGUUUGAUCCCAAGGAUCCAUAUCGCACACCAACCGCAAAAGAGGUGCUUAAAGAUAUGGGGCAGCGAGGCAUAUCCUACGCAAAGAACUUCGCCAUUGUGGGCGCCAUGUUCUCCUGCACCGAAUGUGUGGUAGAAUCUUAUCGUGGAAAGUCAGACUGGAAGAAUAGUGUUAUUAGCGGCUGCAUCACAGGAGGAGCAAUCGGCUUCAGAGCUGGUUUGAAGGCAGGGGUUAUCGGCUGUGGUGGAUUUGCCGCUUUCUCCGCUGCAAUUGAUUACUAUCUACGGUAACAGCGGGAUCCCUUGGGAGCAAAUUUCCCUUUUGUUCCAGAGCUGCUGCUGUUCCAGAGCCUGCAUCAUGGCAGAAGAACCAUCAGGCUUACCUUUCCACUGCCUUUGGAGUCCUGAUCAGUGCAAGCUGGAUGGUGUUGGCCGCUUUUCCUGAAUGACUAACAAUAAUCUGGCUCUGAGCCCUGGCGUGCUGCUUCAGGCAGACUUGCGGGAGUAUGCAAGGAUGGAGCCAGGCGCAGUGAGCAGUAUCUCCAGGACGGAUCAGCUGACUGUCAGUUUCCAGGAAACAAGCCUGGACUCUGAGCUUUUUCGAUCCUUUGGGUCUGAUUUUGAUUAAGUCUGUUGCUAGCAUCAAAAGAGGCAGGAGCACAAUCUUCAAAAAGAAAUGCAGUGAUUUAGGUUACCGUGUAUUUGAAUGUGCUGCAAGUGUUUAACAGUUAUCAGUUUGCAGCUUGCUACUCUGUUGAGGAGAGGUAAAAUCCUGUGGAGAAAUAAAUUUGUUCCAGGCUUUUCUUAAAAUACCAGCUGAAGACAAACCACCAUCUGUACAACUUGUCUUAUUUCAAGUACAGAGAUGAGAGCCAGAUUUCUUUACCAUGUCUUAAAGGGAAAAGCAAAAAGGAAUCCUUAGCCUUAGAACCGUGUGGUUACUGGCAGAUGAACAAAACAGUUUAAGGGGAAAAAAAGAGAUUGUUGCAGAAGUAUAAUUCUCUGUAGCCACUUGGCUAGCCUGAUUUAACCUCGCUGUGGGAGUACAAAUAAUCUUGCUACUGCUUUAACUGCCACAGGCUCACACCAUUAGUUCCAGCAGUUUGACAGUGAGACUAGAAAGCAGAGUUGUGAGAAUAAACCCCUGUUAGGUAACUGGGCAUUCACUCUAGCACACGUGUUUCCCAUCACAUCCCUGUACCACCUCGGAGUGCCCUAGUGUUACACUGGGGGAACUGAAGUGUUAUUUCUGCAUAACAUUGGUACUGAAGUCAAAACAUCUGUUCAUUAGCUCAGGGAGCUGCUCCCUUUUUGAUUUGCGUUCAUAUUAGCCCUCUUGCUCUUCUAACUGAGCUCUGUUCUCAGACCUCGGGUUAAUUUUUAUACUCAGAAUAGUUUAGGCUGAUUUUAACCUUCAUUGAGCCAGUCCGCAAGGGCAAACACCCACCCUCAUCUUUUUGAGGCAGCAGGAUUUCAGAUUCAGUGCACCCACCUAAUAGGGGUUCUCCCACCCACUUCCCCUCCUUUGCACCCACGGUUUGACAUCCCUGAAUGGUGACAGCACUUGCUUACCUGGAAGAGCAAUACUAGCAGGGUGGUUUGGC